ACUUUGGUGUUCUUUGGCAGAUAGUGACUUUGAUGUUCUUUGGCAGAUAGCCUGCAAAUGAAAUUUCAAAGGCUAAGCAUAUAAUGUUUGCUCACUUGAUGUAAGCAACAGAGGACUAAAUCUGAACUUUGGCAAAAGUCUAUUAAUAAUUGACAAAUAACAGAACAGUGAGGACGUAGAAGGCAAUACAUUAAAAAAAAAAAACCAACAUCUGGGAUCCAAUAACCCGUGAAAAUGCUCCCCCGGCUGGUUUGUAUCAAUGAUUACGAACAGCAUGCUAAAUCAGUACUUCCAAAGUCUAUAUAUGACUAUUAUAGGUCUGGGGCAAAUGAUGAAGAAACUUUGGCUGAUAAUAUUGCAGCAUUUUCCAGAUGGAAGCUGUAUCCAAGGAUGCUCCGAAAUGUUGCUGAAACAGACCUGUCGACGUCUGUUUUAGGACAGAGGGUCACCAUGCCAAUAUGCGUCGGGGCUACGGCCAUGCAGCGCAUGGCUCAUGUGGAUGGCGAGCUGGCCACUGUGCGAGCCUGCCACUCCCUGGGAACGGGCAUGAUGUUGAGUUCCUGGGCCACCUCCUCAAUUGAAGAAGUGGCAGAAGCUGGUCCUGAGGCGCUUCGUUGGCUGCAACUGUAUAUCUACAAGGACAGAGAAGUCACCAAGAGGCUAGUGCGGCAGGCAGAGAAGACGGGCUACAAGGCCAUAUUUGUGACAGUGGACACACCUUACUUGGGCAACCGUCUGGAUGAUGUGCGUAACAGAUUCAAGCUGCCACCACAACUUAGGAUGAAAAAUUUUGAAAACAGUACUUUAUCAUUUUCUCCUGAGGAAAGUUUUGGAGAUGACAGUGGACUUGCUGCAUAUGUGGUUAAAGCAAUAGACCCAUCUAUUAACUGGGAAGAUAUCAAAUGGCUGAGAAGACUGACAUCAUUACCAAUUGUUGCAAAGGGCAUUUUAAGAGGUGAUGAUGCCAGGGAGGCUGUUAAACAUGGCUUGAAUGGGAUCUUGGUGUCGAAUCAUGGGGCUCGACAACUUGAUGGGGUGCCAGCCACUAUUGAUGCUCUGCCAGAAAUUGUGGAGGCUGUGGAAGGGAAGGUGGAAGUCUUCCUGGACGGGGGUGUGCGGAAAGGCACUGACGUUCUGAAAGCUCUGGCUCUAGGUGCCAAGGCUGUGUUUGUGGGGAGACCAGUCAUUUGGGGCUUAGCUUUCCAGGGGGAGAAAGGUGUUCGAGAUGUCCUCGAGAUACUAAAGGAAGAGUUCCGGUUGGCCAUGGCUCUGAGUGGGUGCCAGAAUGUGAAAGUCAUCGACAAGACAUUGGUGAGGAAAAAUCCUUUGGCCGUUUCCAAGAUCUGACAGUGCACAAUAUUUUCCCAUCUGUAUUAUUUUUUUUUUUCAGCAUGUAUUACUUGACAAAGAGACACUGUGCAGAGGGUGACCACAGUCUGUAAUUCCCCACUUCAAUACAAAGGGUGUCGUUCUUUUCCAACAAAAUAGCAAUCUCUUUUAGUUCAUUGCUUUUGACUUUUCAAUGGGUGUCCUAGGAACCUUUUAGAAAGAAAUGGACUUUCAUCCUGGAAAUAUAUUAACUGUUAAAAAGAAAACAUUGAAAAUGUGUUUAGUCAACGUCAUCCCCUGGCAGGCUAAAAUGCUGUAUCCUUUAGUAAAAUUGGAGGUAGCAAACACUAAGGUGAAAAGAUAAUGAUCGCAUUGUUGAUUAACCUGCAUUCAGUUUAGAUGUCUUUAGAGGUUCUUAAAUGGUAAGCUCAGAUUCAAAGUGCUGGAAAUGCCUGAUUCACAACAUUGAGAAGGUAACACUGGAUAGAACUGGAUUGGGUGGUGGUAAUUGGUGAUACUUCUUUGAAUGAAGAUUUACAAUCACAUGUUUAGUGUCUGAAUAUACCUGAAUAUUUUGGGAUGUAUGUUAGUUCUUAAUCAGAGAGGAAUAAAGCAUUUUUGGAAAGAA